UGGAAGGCGCACCGGCUCCAUAGAGCAGAAGCUUCGCAUUAUGGCCUCGCUCUGAGCCUCCUGAUGCGACAGUUGUACAUACCUUACCGGCAAUCCGUCACCAUCGACGCCUUGAUCAUGGACCUCCGGUCCAGAGGCUUUUUUCGGGGCCAUCGGAGUUGUCAAUAGUACUACCUAAGUACUAUAUUAUUAGUUUUAUUGAGCACUGUCACUUUUGCACGCCCGGGGAUUUAAACCGAAGUGACAGUAGUAGCACUCAUCUGCCGGUCAGCUAACAAGCUAGCUCACUAAGUCAAUAGCCAAGAAGGGCAUCACUUUUUUGGAGUAAAGGACAAGGAAACUACAACACCACUAUUUUCUUUGACAGAAGACUGACCAGAAGCCGAUUCCCCGAGAUACCAUCUUGCAACAUAUUCGUUAUUGAUUCCCGGAAAGGUUGGCAACACAUCGCCACCCUAAUGCAGAACCACAAAAGAACGUGAAAUGAACAAACCACCACAGCCUAUAACGGGACCCACCUCAGUCCCAAACCCUGCCCCAUCCCCCGGAUUGACACAGGCUGCAUACGGCCCUGGACAGCCCCCUUCUCUUGUUUUUGCCACCCCUCCUCCACAAAUGAACUCUGCACCACAGCCAAGACAGUUUGCUGCAGGCCCCCGUACUUUACACCAACAGGGUGGAUACAGAGCAUUACAGAGUUACUAUCAAAACCGACCAGCGAUGGCCACCAGUGCUCCUAGGGUACAGACGAGUAGUGGCCCACGACCUGUCGGACCCACUCACGUCUACCCACCAAGCUCCCAGAUGAUGAUGAUUUCCCAGCAGCAGCUGUCUUUUGCUGGCUCCCCUCAGGGCUACUUCAUCCCACCUGGACAGUACCGGGCCCCAUAUAUGCCUCCUACUCAGCAGUAUCCUGUGGCAAGCGGUACAGCGGGCUUCUAUCCUGGAACUAGCCCUGCUGAAUACCCAGCUUAUGAGCCCUCUCUUGCUGCGAGGGAGAGGCGGGGUGGUGGGGGGAGAGGGGGCGGCCGAGAGAACGGCCGUCUCUCUCUCCAUGGUGCUCCUCUCACCUCCCAGCGCUACCCCGCAGGGGCAUACUAUCCAGCUCAGCCGCAGUACUCGCCAUCUGUCCAGCCUGCACCGGUUAUGAUCAACCCCGCACAGCAGCAGCAACAAGCCCCGCCGCCUCAACAACCGCCAGCACAGCCACAAGGCCCACCAAAGAGGGAACGCAAACCGAUAAGAAUACGAGACCCUAACCAGGGUGGGCGUGAUAUCACAGAGGAGAUCAUGUCAGGUGGAAGGUCCACCACCACACCGACUCCCCCACAGGCCUCUUCAGCAGAUGAAAGUCCUGCACAGCAGACCAACGGUGAAAUCAUGCAGCCUGCUACUACAACUACUUGUAGAGAUGAAAGCAUGGAGCCUCCUGUUAGUGCUGACACCCCUCCACCUCUUGCAACAGAAAAUACAGAGCCGGUGGUGGAGGCAAUAGAGGAAACGGACAACCAAAUUUCCCCUGCGCCUGAGAUAUCUUCACAAACUGUAGCCCCUGCAGCUGCUAUUGACGUGCCAUCCCUGUUGAUAAAAGAACAGCAGUCUUCCUCUUCCCUCCCUCCUGCAGCAGCAUCUACUACAGCUCCUGCUGAGGCGGUAAAUAAAAUCGAUACUAAAGUUGGUGACACAGUAGAUGCUCCUGUCGUCCCUUCAGCACCAUUAGCAGCACAAGAGGCACCUGCCAGAAUGGAGGAACCACAGGUUGCCCCGUCUCCUGCUGAGAAGGCUUCAGAAAGUGAGGAAAAACAAACCGAGGAGGUUAAAAUAUUGGAAAAAGAAGAGCAGGAGGUCAGCACUAAACAAGAUACUGAAGCGGAGGAAGUUGACACAGCUACCCCUGUUACCGAGGCGAAAGAAGAGACAGCAACAAAGGCAGCAACUGAAGUUUCUCAGCCUUCACCCUCUGCACAGGAACCUGCUGCUCCAACCACCCAGAGUGUGGCACCAAGCUCGGCCUCUGCUCCCCAACUUUCUCCAGAACCAGAACCAGAACCCGAACCCGAACCCGAACCCGAACCUGAACCUGAACCUAAAGUUGAACCCACACCAGCUGAAAAGGCAGAGCCUCUUCUCUCCAAUGGCCUUCCUCAGGACACUGAAGAACUGGUGGAGGAUAUGACAUUUCCAGACACUAAAGCCCUUGACAAGCCUGACACUUCUCAAGCUCAGGAAUCCACACCUGUGGCUAAAACAGCAACUGUGGCCCAGGAGGCAGUGGAGGAGGCAGUGGAGGAGAAAGAGAAAAAAGAAGAAGAGGGCAAGGACAAAAGUGAAGAUGCCCUAUCUUUAUCGGCCCCUACAGAGGAAUCUACUACUAUGCAAGCUGCUAUGUCUGUGCCAAAGAAGAGGAAGAACAUGAAGGAGUUAAACAAGAAGGAAGCCAUUGGAGACCUCCUGGACGCCUUCACAGAGGAGCAGGAUGCCAAACUUGCUUCUGAACCCUCGUCUACACAGCCCGAACCCGAACCCGAACCUGCCCCUGUUGCUCCAGCUGAACCCCCCGCUGAGGUUGUAGAUGAGACCUGGGAGGAGAAAGAGGACAAGCAGAAUGCAGAUCCUGAAAAGUCUGAUCAAAGUGGGCAGAAAUACCAGUACAAAGAAGAACAAUGGAAGCCGAUAGAUCCAGAGGAGAAGAAGCGGUACGACAGGGAGUUUCUCUUGGGCUUCCAGUUUAUCGGUGCCAGUAUGCACAAACCUGAAGGCCUUCCUCUCAUCAGUGAUGUGGUCCUGGAAAAGGCGAACAAGAAUCCACUGCGGCCUGCCGACCCGGCUCGACUGAUGAAUGUUGGUCCUGAUUUUACGCCCUCAUAUUUGGGGAAUCUCGGGAGCAGAUCAGUGGGGGGACCACGAGGCCCACCUCCUGGACCACGUCGUUCCCAGCAGGGUCAGAGGAAAGAGCCCAGGAAAAUCAUCAGCAGCAUGUCUCUUGGUGAUGACGUGCAGCUCAACAAGGCUGAGAAGGCCUGGAAGCCCACUGCGAAGAAGUCCACUCGCAGCCGAGGCGCAGAAGUAGAAGUAGAAGUAGAAGACGAUUCUGAACUGGGCAAGACUAAUGAGCUGUUCAAGCGUCUGCGUAGUAUCCUCAACAAGCUGACCCCUCAGAAGUUUCAGGAGCUGAUGAAACAAGUGACAGAUCUGACAAUAGACACAGAGGAGAGGCUGAAGGGAACCAUUGACCUCAUCUUUGAAAAGGCCAUCUCAGAGCCCAACUUCUCGGUGGCUUACGCCAACAUGUGCCGCUGCCUUUUGGGGUUGAAAGUCCCCGCACCAGACAAGCCAGGACAUACUGUGAACUUCCGCAAAUUGCUUCUCAACCGCUGCCAGAAAGAGUUUGAGAAGGAUCAGGAUGAUGACGAAAUCUUUGAGAAAAAGCAAAAAGAGAUGGAGGCUGCCAAGGAGGGAGAGGAGCGGGAGCGUUUGAGGGUGGAGCUUCAGGAUGCUAGAGACCAGGCUCGCCGUCGCUCACUGGGUAACAUAAAGUUCAUAGGAGAGCUCUUCAAGCUCAAGAUGCUGACGGAGGCCAUUAUGCACGAUUGUGUGGUCAAACUACUAAAGAAUCACGAUGAAGAGUCUCUGGAGUGUCUCUGCAGGCUGCUCUCCACAAUUGGAAAAGACCUGGACUUUGAGAAGGCCAAGCCUCGUAUGGAUCAGUAUUUCAACCAAAUGGACAAGAUCAUCAAAGAGAGAAAGACCUCGUCCAGAAUCCGCUUCAUGCUGCAAGAUGUCUUGGACCUCAGAAGGUGUAACUGGGUUCCUCGUAGAGGAGACCAAGGUCCCAAAACUAUUGACCAGAUUCACAAGGAGGCGGAGUUGGAGGAGCACAGGGAGCAGAUCAAAGUCCAGCAGGUGCUCAUGUCAAAGAAAGAGGGAGGAGGAGGAGGGGGAGGUGGAGGACGGAUGGGAGGAGGCAUGGGGGGCAGAGGCUCUCACACGCAGGGCGGCAGGCAGAGCCAGCCUCAAGAUGAGGGAUGGAACACAGUACCCAUCUCCAAGAACAGACCCAUUGACACCACUCGCCUUAGCAAGAUCACAAAGCCUGGUGCUCUGGACUUCAACAAUCAGCUGUUGGCCCCAGGGGGGAAAGGCAUGUGGGGCAGCUGGGGCAAAGGCAGCAGUGGAGGAACUGGAGCUAAACCAGCCAGUGGAGAGCAAGAUUCUGGUCGUCCAGCUACCAGCACCCUCAAUCGCUUCUCAGCGCUGCAACAGUCUGGCUCCGUGUCGUCUUCCUCAGACUCUGAUCGCAGAGUUCCUCAGAGGUCGAGCUCAAGUCGCGAUCGCGGUGGUGACAGAGACAGGAGUGAACGCGACAGAGACCGUUAUGAACGCUUCGAGGGACAGGAAGGUCGUGAUGACAGGAGCAGCCAGAACCAAAUCACCAAGAGAAGCUUCAGCAGAGAAUCUCAGGACCGCAGUGGGCGGGGCGGAGAGAGCCGAGCCUCAAACGAGCCUGUGCGUCGCGUUGCCAGCAUGACUGACGAUAGGGACCGAGGAAGCAGGGACAGGGGAAGCAGGGAUCGAGGAAGCAGGGAUCGAGGAAGCAAAGACAAGGGCAGCAAAGACAGAGGAAGCCGGGACAGGGGUCCAAGUAAAGAUCUCACCGCUCAGCGUGAGAGCACCCCAACUCCUCCUCCUGGUCCUCAGAAACCCUCCAUGACUGAGGAGGAGGUGGAGAAGAAGUCCAAAGCCAUCAUUGAAGAAUACAUCCACAUCAACGACUUGAAGGAGGCGUUGCAGUGCGUCGCAGAACUCAACAGUGCCUCGCUGCUCUUUGUGUUUGUGCGGAACAGCGUCGAGUCUACGCUUGAGCGCAGCACCAUCGCUAGAGAGCGCGUGGGCCUGCUGCUUCAACAGCUUGUUAAGGCAGGGUCAUUGCCCCCAUCGCAGUACUACAAAGGGCUUGAAGAGACCCUGGAGGCAGCAGAAGACACGGCCAUAGACAUACCUCACAUCUGGCUCUACCUGGCUGAACUCAUCACCCCCAUGCUCCAUGAGGGAGGCAUCCCUAUGGGACAGCUCUUCAGGGAGAUCUCGAAGCCUCUCGUACCUCUGGGGAUCGCUGGCGUGCUUCUGGUGCAGAUCCUCAAGUUGCUGUGCAAAGGAGUGACCCCUAAGAAGGUCGGGACCAUGUGGACAGACGGCGGCUUGAGUUGGAGUGAAUUCCUACCUGAGGAUGAGGACGUCAACAAGUUUGUCACUGAACAGCAAGUGGAGUUCACUACAGGAGAAGAGGUGGAGUCAAAGGAAGACGACAAGAAGAAGGUCCUCAGUGGAGAUGAGCUCAGCCAACAGCUGGACAGACUCCUGCAGGACAAGGCCGACAACCAGCGGAUCAGAGACUGGGUGGAGGCUAACUUGGAUGAAGAACAAAGCAUUUCCAACCAGUUUGUACGAGCAUUGAUGACAUCAGUGUGUCAGUCUGCCAUCAUAUGUGACAACCCGUACAGGGUGGAUGCGAAGCAGAUAGGCCAGAAGGCCAGUCUGCUGCAGAGGUACCUGUGUGAUGAGCAGAAAGAGCUACAGGCCCUGUAUGCUCUCCAGGCUCUCAUGGUGCACAUGGAGCAGCCAGCGAACCUGCUGCGCAUGUUCUUUGACGCCUUGUACGACGAGGACGUCAUUAAAGAGGAGGCCUUCUACAAAUGGGAGUCCAGCAAAGACCCUGCUGAGCAAACAGGCAAAGGUGUGGCCUUGAAAUCAGUCACGGCCUUUUUCACCUGGCUCCGCGAGGCCGAGGAGGAGUCCGACAAGGAAUAAAUAAGAAAGACUGAACUAAAAGCUGCGGCCCCCCUGUGGCAAAGCGGGGGCAUUGCAGAUGACUGCAGAGGUUCAUGGACUAUAUUGCCAGAGGCAGACUCGAAUCAAUCCUCAAUGAGGAUAAAUCUUUAUUAUGUUUUCUUUUCUUAGAGGGAUGGACUCAGAAAAACAAUCAUUUCUCUCUACUCUCCCUCUCUUGCUUCCUCAUUAUUUCUGCACCUGCUUCCGAUGGCAAGUGUCCUCAUGAAAUAAACUUGAAAACUGAUUGAGCAGGAUUGCUUGCUAAAGAGGUGUGAAAUAUGCCACUUCACUACAAAAACCUUUUUAUUUUUUCGGUCACAAUAACACAAAACCAACUGGCUGCUUUUUUAUGGUUCUAGAUAGUUAAAAUGCCUACCAUCUUAUCUGAUGUGUGAGAACAGACCGCAGGGUGUGUGGUGUAAUGGGUUCCCUGAUACGUGGGUAUCAUCAUGUGUGUGUUCAACCCAAACUCAGCUCUUAUGUCUUUGUCCCUUACUGGAGUGCGCAGCAUGACUGAAGUGUGUUUCUAUUAAUGAUAACAGUGGACAAAACGUUGAUAGACAAAUGUUCUUGAACUAAUAUUAAUUUGGAUGAUGUUUUUAAAGCAUAGUUGGUCUAUUUUCUCUUCCUGUUUCCCUAUCAUGAACUCAGAGGCAGAAACACGGAGGACUGAUGUGGACCGUUGAUCUUGACUGCUAGUUGGUGGUCGUAAUGCUUCCUCUAAGCCAUCCUCUCCCAUCCCCAGUAGUGAACCACACUGACUUACUCUUCAUCUUCUUACCUCUUCUAUACUUAAACCUGAGCUGUCGUAGAGGACACUUAAUGACCCAAUCACCAUUGAAACUUGAAAUCUACAGAAAAUUGACUUGAUGAAAUAUAUAAAGUUAGAAAAAGAAAAAAAAAAAAAAAACAGAAAUGAUCCGAAAGCCUUUUCUACUGUAAGUGGAAACUUAUUUCAGGAGAGUUCUGUAAAUAUAUAAUAAUAAUAACACAAAACUUUUUUUCUUCAGUUUUAUUUUUCAGAAAUGAUAAAUUGCUGAUGUACUUGCAGUUUCCUUUUUCCAACAGAAGCCGCAGUUGUCCAGAUGCAGAGAGGUGCUUUAGAUAAUCCAUUGAUUAUUAUUAUUAGUUGUAUUGGAAUUUUUGUAAAUAUUUUUUGCUUUCUUUAUUUAAGAAAUUAUCGCUUCUUUUGCAUCGGAAACUGGAAAGAUGAGGUAACGGAGCAUUGCAAAUAAAGGACUUACUAAGUUGCUGAGAAGAA